CUUGCAGAAUACAUCCUACUUUCGACACAACUUCUGCGAGGUCCCUCCAGAUACAAGGUGGGCACGAUGGCUGAGAAAAUGGACUGUCAUUACUGCCGGGAGUCCCUGCAAGGGAAGAAGUACGUGCAGAAGGAUGGCCACAACUGCUGCCUGAAGUGCUUUGACAAGUUCUGUGCUAAUACCUGUGUGGAAUGCCACAAGCCCAUCGGUGCGGAUUCCAAGGAGCUGCAUUAUAAGAACCACUACUGGCACGAUACCUGCUUCCGCUGUUCCAAGUGCUCUCACCCUCUGGCCGAUGAGACCUUUGUGGCCAGGGACAACAAGAUCCUGUGCAACAAGUGCUGCACUCCUGAAGAUUCCCCCCAGUGCAAAGGGUGCUUCAAGCCGAUUAUGGCAGGAGAUCAAAACGUGGAGUACAAGGGGAUCGUCUGGCACAAAGACUGCUUUACCUGUAGCCACUGCAAACAAGCCAUUGGGACUGGAAGCUUCUUCCCUAAAGGGGAGGACUUCUACUGUGUGACUUGCCAUGAGACCAAGUUUACCAAGCACUGCGUGAAGUGCAAUAAGGCCAUCACUUCUGGAGGAAUCACUUACCAGGAUCAACCCUGGCAUGCCGAUUGCUUUGUGUGUGUUAACUGCUCUAAGAAGCUGGCUGGGCAGCGUUUCACCUCUGUGGACGACAAGUAUUACUGCGUGGAUUGCUACAAGAACUUUGUGGCCAAGAAGUGUGCUGGGUGCAAGAACCCCAUCACUGGGUUUGGUAAAGGCUCCAGUGUGGUGUCCUAUGAAGGACAAUCCUGGCACGACUACUGCUUCCACUGCAAAAAAUGCUCCGUGAACCUGGCCAACAAGCGCUUUGUUUUCCACGAGGAACAGGUGUACUGCCCUGACUGUGCCAAAAAGCUGUAG